UACGAGACUGGCAGCAGCAGCAGGUCUAUAAAAACCCUAGCACUUGUUCGCACAGUGUGUCAGACAGAAGUACCUAGUACCCAGAUCUGAGUUUUUGAGGACUGUACAUAUCACAAUUCAUAUUAGCCAUGUCUCACGGCUGGGGCUACGGACCUACUAAUGGACCAGAGAAGUGGUGUGAUGGCUUCCCCAUCGCUAACGGACCCAGGCAGUCACCCAUUGAUGUUGUCCCUGGCCAAGCGCCUCAUGACCCUGCUCUGAAGCCUCUCAAACUUAAGUAUGAUCCUGCCACCUCCCAAAGCAUUCUGAACAAUGGCCAUUCCUUCCAAGUGGAUUUUUUGGAUGAAGCAGACAAAUCAACUCUGACUGGAGGGCCCAUCUCUGGGACAUACAGACUGAGGCAAUUCCACUUCCACUGGGGGGCCAGUGAUGACCGAGGCUCUGAGCACACUGUUGCUGGCACCAAGUUCCCCUGUGAGCUUCACUUGGUACACUGGAACACCAAAUACCCCAGUUUUGGUGAUGCUGCCGGCCAGCCUGAUGGUCUUGCCGUGGUUGGAGUGUUCCUGAAGAUUGGUUCUGCCAACCCAAGCUUGCAGAAGAUUCUAGAUGCUGUGGAGUCCAUCAAAUUUAAGGGCAAGCAGACAACAUUCGCAGGCUUUGACCCCAAAAUCCUGCUGCCACCUUCCCUGGAUUACUGGACGUAUGAUGGCUCUCUGACCACACCCCCACUUCUGGAGAGUGUCACCUGGAUCGUUCUUCGUCAGCCGAUCAGUGUCAGCCCUGCCCAGAUGGCUCAGUUCCGUAGCCUGAUGUUCUCCGGUGAAGGAGAGGCAGCCUGCUGCAUGCAGGAUAACUACAGACCCCCGCAGCCUCUGAAGGGCAGGAAGGUCCGUGCCUCCUUCAAGUAAACGUCCACGGACAUUCUCACCUCAGUCCACCUGUGUACCUGCCAUAGUGCCCUAGAACCAGUAUAUGCAUUUUUAUAUUUGCCUCAUAGGAUCAUCUGUCAUGUUAAUGAUGGGAUGGGAAAAAAGCACUGGUCUUACUUAGCUUAUUUGCUUUUUACAUUUUUGGGGGCUGUUAAACAUUCCUAGUUUAGUCUAAAUUGCUGUUAGAUGUGUAGGUUAUGUCUCUAAUAGUGUUUUGUUUCUCACAAUUUGAGCUCAACUUGGAUUGUGCACUUAAUAUUUGCUCAAUAUUUUCUAUAUAUCCUAGUCUGAAAAUCUGCAAUUAGUUCUUUCAUAUUUCAGUAAAACUACUAGAUAUGUAAGGGAGGAAAUAAAAAAAAUAAAAAAAUCUCUAGCAGUUGAUGAAAUAUCUGUUGGCGUAGACAUGUGCCUCAGUGCUUUAUCCUAUCCCAUAAUCCCUCAGGGGAGGCUCACAUCAGAUUAACGCUGUUUCUCUGCCAAUAUUGGACUUUGCCUUUUUUCUCCCCCAUUCAGUUACUGUCAGUGGAGGACACCUGUAAUUAAUCCUCAGCCUGUCUGUGUAGUCAUUUCAUGUGCCCUCCAGUUUGACAAAUCAUGUAGCUAUGAUGCAUCUGCCUACAGGGCUUGCACAUAGUAAUUGCUGAACUCUCCAAGUGAUCCUUUGAAAAAGUGUUUCUUGUGUCUUAAAUCAUGUGGCAGGGGUAGAAGAUUGUUUUAAACAAGGAUUGUUUCAUGAUGACUUAUGUUUUAGUUUUGUGGAGUAUGAAUGGUAAUAGCAGAUUUCACUUGUGAGGAAGAAUUAACCUGUCAUUACGCAGUGUUUAUACAAGGAAAUUAACGUAACGCCAAUAAAGCAAUAUAUUUUAUGAAAAUGCAA